AUGGAUGAGGACAACAUGACGAGGAGCGAGGAGCAGGAGCUGAGUCUGCAGAAGGCGCUGCAGCAGUGCGAGCUGGUCCAGAACAUGAUCGACAUCAGCAUCUCCAACCUGGAGGGGCUCCGCACCAAGUGCGCCGCCUCCAACGACCUCACGCAGAAGGAGAUCCGCACCCUGGAGAGCAAACUGGUGAAGUAUUUCAGCCGGCAGCUGUCCUGCAAGAGGAAGGUGGCCCUGCAGGAGCGCAAUGCCAAACUGGAGGGCUUCCCCCAGCUCCUGCACUGGUUCCGCAUCGUCGACAUCCGGAAGGAGGUGAUGGAGGAGAUCGCCCCUGGGCAGCUCAGCCUGGAGGAUCUGCUGGACAUGACCGAUGACCAGGUCUGUGCCACUGUGGAGAAGUUUGGGGCCAACAGAGAGGAGUGUGCCCGGCUGAACGCGUCCCUGUCCUGCCUCCGCAGCGUCCACAAGUCCGGCGGGAGCCUCUCCAAGCAGGACUGGACCAUCCAGUGGCCGAGCACGGAGCCGGGCAAGGAGAACAGCCCCGGCUGCCCCCCGGAGCCGGGCCCCUGGGGCAGGACGCACCUGAGCCCCAAGGUCCAGCCCAAGUGUGGGCAGCACCACUGCCACGCCAGCUCGUCCCACGGCCCCAUGUACACCCACGUGGACCGCCUGACCGUGGAGGGCCACCCGGGGCUGUGCCCACCCCUGGAGUCCGGCCACCGCUCCCUGCCACCGUCCCCCCGGCAGCGGCACGCCGCGCACACCCCCCCGCGCACCCCCAACAUCGUCACCACCAUGACGCCUCCGGGGACCCCGCCCGUGCGCCGCAGGAACAAACUGAAGCCCCCCGGGACGCCCCCGCCCUCGUCGCGGAAGCUGAUCCACCUCAUCCCGGGAUUCACGGCGCUGCACCGGAGCAAAUCCCACGAGUUCCAGCUGGGGCACCGCGUGGAUGAGGCGCACACCCCCAAAGUCAAGAAGAAGAACAAGCCCCUGAACCUCAAGAUCCACAACAGCGUGGGGAGCUGUGAGAACAUCCCGGCCCAGCGCUCCCCUCUCCUCUCCGAGCGCUCCCUGCGCUCCUUCUUCGUGGGGUACCCGCCCUUCCUGCCCUCCACCCCGCCCGUCCACACCGAAGCCACCUUCUCUGCAAAUACGCUGUCAGUGCCUCGCUGGUCCCCGCAGAUCCCUCGGCGGGAUUUAGGAAACUCCAUAAAACACAGGUUUUCCACCAAGUACUGGAUGUCUCAGACCUGCACCGUCUGCGGGAAGGGAAUGUUGUUCGGCUUAAAAUGCAAAAACUGCAAGCUCAAGUGCCACAACAAAUGCACCAAAGAGGCCCCCCCGUGUCACCUGCUGAUCAUCCACCGCGGAGAUCCAGCAAGGUUAGUCCGGACGGAGUCGGUGCCCUGCGACAUCAACAACCCCCUGAGGAAGCCCCCCCGGUAUUCGGACCUGCACGUCAGCCAAACGCUCCCCAAAACCAACAAACUCAACAAGGACCACAUUCCGGUGCCCUACCAGCCAGAUUCCAGCAGCAACCCCUCGUCCACCACCUCGUCCACGCCGUCCUCGCCGGCGCCGCCGCUGCCCCCCAGCGCCACGCCCCCGUCCCCGCUGCACCCGUCCCCGCAGUGCCCGCGACAGCAGAAGCAGUUCAACCUGCCAGCCUCCCAUUACUACAAGUACAAGCAGCAGUUCAUUUUCCCAGAUGUGGUGCCUGAGACGCCGACCCGAGCCCCGCAGGUCGUCCUGCACCCCGUCACCUCCAACCCCAUCCUGGAAGGAAACCCAUUGCUUCAAAUUGAAGUGGAGCCCACCUCGGAGAACGAGGAAGGCGCCGAGGAGGUGCAGGAGUCCGAGGACGACUUCGAGGAGAUGAACCUCUCGCUGCUCUCCGCGCGCAACUUCCCGCGCAAGGCCAGCCAGACCAGCAUCUUCCUGCAGGAGUGGGACAUCCCCUUUGAGCAGCUGGAGAUCGGGGAGCUCAUCGGCAAGGGCCGCUUCGGGCAGGUGUUCCACGGGCGCUGGCACGGGGAGGUGGCCAUCCGCCUCAUCGACAUCGAGCGCGACAACGAGGACCAGCUCAAGGCCUUCAAGAGGGAGGUCAUGGCCUACCGGCAGACCCGGCACGAGAACGUGGUGCUCUUCAUGGGGGCCUGCAUGAGCCCUCCCCACCUCGCCAUCAUCACCAGCCUGUGUAAAGGACGGACUCUCUACUCCGUGGUGAGGGAUGCCAAAAUUGUCCUGGAUGUCAACAAGACGAGGCAGAUAGCACAAGAAAUUGUCAAGGGAAUGGGAUACCUGCAUGCCAAGGGCAUCCUCCACAAGGACCUCAAGUCCAAGAAUGUCUUCUACGACAACGGGAAGGUGGUGAUCACCGACUUCGGGCUCUUCAGCAUCUCCGGGGUUCUCCAAGCGGGCAGGAGGGAGAACAAGCUGCGCAUCCAGAACGGCUGGCUGUGCCACCUGGCCCCCGAGAUCAUCCGGCAGCUCUCUCCCGACACCGAGGAGGACAAGCUGCCCUUCUCCAAGCACUCGGAUGUCUUUGCACUGGGCACCAUCUGGUACGAGCUGCACGCCCGGGAAUGGCCCUUCAAGACGCAGCCAGCAGAGGCAAUAAUCUGGCAGGUGGGGAGAGGGAUGAAGCCCAACCUCAGCCAGAUCGGGAUGGGCAAGGAGAUCUCGGACAUCCUCCUGUUCUGCUGGGCCUACGAGCAGGAGGAGAGGCCCACCUUCACCAAGCUCAUGGACAUGCUGGAGAAACUGCCAAAGCGCAACCGCCGCCUUUCCCACCCGGGGCACUUCUGGAAGUCAGCAGAGUAA